GGCCACAUGCCUUACAGUCUAAUAAGAAACGUCACGGCGGCUAACAGCUGCCAGGGUCUGUCAAAUUGAUCUGAUUGGUGAUGUGUACUAGCAGUUUAGAUACUUACUGAUAUUUUGAUAAUUAUUUUGAAAUUGAACCAAGUGCAUUUAUAAAAGGACGAAAUGAACUACAAUCCAAAUGCUGGGAUCCGGAACCGUAAGUGGGAAAACUCUCAAGGUCCAUCCCGCAAGCCAAAACGUGUUAGUGACAUCAAUGCUAUGGGACCAUCAGCGCCAGUGGGUACAUCAAUGCCUUAUAUGCAACCAACUGUUGGUACAACAAUGCCAGAUCACACAGCAGGUGUAGCUGCUACAUACGGCAUGAUACCACAACAACCUACGACAAAUUUUGGUAAUUUCAACACCACUCCGGCUCCAAUUCAAAAUCAAAAUUAUAACUAUGCUGCACCACCUACUUCUCAACCAUCCACAUUCGCGACUGGACCAAAUGUACAACCACAAUUUGCUGGAAAUAUGCAAAUGGGUGGCCAGCCAGCACCAAUGGGUGUACCCGGCACACAAGGACAAUUUCCCGGUGGAGUACCACAAUUUGCUAUGUUUCAACAACCUAUCGUGCAAGAUAUGGCCAUGCAAUAUGGCCAACGUUUAGCCGAUCAAGGCAAACAGUUGGUUGAAAAUCAAUUUGAGAAAUGGGUAUCAGUUGCCAAAUUAAAAUAUUAUUUCGCAGUUGAUAAUAAAUAUGUCAUAAACAAAUUACGCUUACUAUUCUUCCCGUUUACACACAGGGGUUGGUCAUUGAAAUAUGAUCAAGAGAAUCCUGUGCAGCCACGCUAUGACAUCAAUGCUCCAGAUCUAUAUAUACCCGCAAUGGCUUAUAUAACAUAUGUUGUUGUUGCUGGUCUAAUGCUGGGCUUACAAAAUCGUUUCUCACCCGAACAGCUGGGUAUACAAGCGUCUAGCGCUUUGGCUUAUAGCAUUUUCGAAUUGGUUGUCUACUCCAUUACACUGUAUGUGGUGAAUAUAAAAACGAGUCUGAAAACCUUGGAUCUACUUUCAUUUGCUGGUUACAAAUUUGUUAUAAUUGUUGCCUGUUUGCUGGUGAGCACACUUUUCCAUGGCGUUGGCUAUUACGUUGCACUACUGUAUACAAGUCUUACGUUGGGAUUCUUUUUGCUGCGUACACUCAAGACCAAAGUGCUGCAUGAUGCAACACCAGCAGCCACAAGUGGCGCUAUCAAUUAUGACCCCUACGGCAAUCCACAGCAACUUGAUUACACAGGCGGACGUAAACGGAAACUGUAUUUUUUGUUUUUAAUUGUAGGCGGCCAAGCAUUCUUAUCAUUUUUAUUAUCGAAACAUUUGUACUUUCCGGAUGCAGCGACUUUAGAAGUUAAAAAUAAUCAAUUUUAAAAUUCAUACAUGUUAAUUUCAUCAUAUUUAACCCCACUUUGAAAGCAGUGAAUACGUUUCUUCGGUUUCCAUGUUUGUUAUAAGCUGCUUAACGAUAAAAAUGUCUUACUAUUUUUUAUGCAAAAACUUGUGUCUCAUUUAAAAAACGAAAACUACUGUAAUUGUGUUAAUAGUGUAAAUCUCUAAGGUGCAUGAAAUGAAAGAAAAAACAUAAAAUUUAAAAGGAGCGGUGUGAACAAACAUUUUUUAUUGGCAGUUUUGUAAAGUAGCAUUGGUAGUGACGAAAAUAGAGAUUAUUAAUUAGAAAGCUGACUUAAAGAGAGCGAAUAUACAUACAUACAUAUUAAAUCCAAUUCCAUAAUGUAAGCAUAUUUUUGUUAGCAUUUUUCUGAAAUAAAGUUGAAAGAAUUCUCAAAUUGUGCAAUUUAA